CGCUGACGUCACUGGCUCACCGCGGCCUCCAUUUUGCAGUAGUUUUGCAAGCCAGCUGCUCCCAUUCGUGGUGCAGCUUCAAUAAAUGAAAGUGCAUAAAACGGUUACUUCAAGCUGAAGAAAUAAUAUCACGGACGAAACGAUGGCCGACCCAUCAGCGGACGUGGAGGUGCCAGAGGGCGCAGAGGUUCGCAAACUGUCGGAGCUGAGAGUUAUCGAUCUGAAGGCCGAGCUGAAGAAACGAAGCCUGGACACCACGGGCGUCAAGAGUGUGCUGUCCGAGCGUUUGAAAAAGGCCAUUGAGGAGGAGGGUGGAAAUCCUGAUGAGAUUAUUGUGGUUCCGGAUUCAGCCCCAAAGAAAGCUAGCUCAACACCUAAACGGGCUGCCAGAGAUACCAGACAAGACAAUGAUGAACCAGAGGACAGCACUAUUGAAGAGGACUCCCGUGAUGGACAUGAGGAUCUGCAGGAUGAUCAUGAGAACAUGCAGGAAAUGGACAUCCUCGACAUGAACGUGCUGGAUGAGACCGAGAAUGACAAUGGAAUACCAGCUGAGGAUGAUGAGGAUUAUCCAGAGAAUUUCCACGGAGAAGACGACGCAGAAAUGAAUGAUGAACAUGACAGCAGGGGUUUCGAUUCAGAGGAUGAAGCAAGAGGCCCAGAGAUGGAUGAGUCUGAGAUGCUAGAUAAGGAUGAAUAUAUGACAUGCUCAUCAAUCAAUAUGGGUCAGGAUCCAGGUGCAGACGACCUCAAAGAAGAAACAGAAAAUGACAAAGUAGCCGGGUCUUGUUUAGCUGAGCCGCUUAACGAAGAUCGCCACCAGAGCCACGAGACGAGCCCUGAAGAAGAGCAAGCCGCCACCGCCGGAGGGGAAGACAGUGUGUCCGACACUGGUGCCAAGUACGACAAAGCUGCCUCUGGGGAUGGGGAGAGCAACAGGGAUGUUGUGGAGGGUGACACCAAAGAGGUUGGGGACUCACAGAAUGUCCCAGAAGAGACAUUUGACGCUGAAAACAAAAGCUCGCAGGCUGUUAGUGUAAGUGAACAGGGCGCUGUGGGUGAGACCGUUGAUUCAGAAAUUGGGUCUAAGAAGGGUGAGGAAGAUGAGAAGACAGAAGAGAAAGCCGCUGCGGAUUCAGCCUCGACAGUGAAAGAGUCCUCUUCUGUAGAGGGCGAUGAUCAGAAAAAGAGCGCUGAGGAAAAAGAUGGCAAGACCGAGUCAAAAGAUGAAAAGGCCGCUGGAAGUGCUGCAGCAAGCAGUAGCAGGAACCUGUGGGUCAGCGGUCUCUCCUCCACUACCAGAGCGACUGAUCUGAAGACCCUCUUCAGCAAAUAUGGCAAGGUUGUCGGAGCUAAGGUGGUGACCAAUGCCAAGAGCCCCGGCGCUCGCUGCUAUGGUUUUGUCACCAUGUCGUCCACAGAGGAGGCUACCAAGUGUAUCAGCCACCUGCACAGGACUGAACUGCAUGGCAGGAUGAUCUCUGUGGAGCGGGCUAAAAAUGAGCCAGCGGGGAAGAAGCCAGCAGACAAGAAUGACACCAAGAAGUCUGGCGGAGACAGGAGACACUCCUCCGACUCCAAGUCUGAUGGAAAGGAUGAGAAAUCUGAAGAGGGAAAAGAUGGCAAAGUGCGAAAUGAGAGGACUGUCGUUAUGGACAAGUCCAAGGGAGAGCCUGUUAUUAGCGUCAAAACCAAAAGCAAGGAGCGCAGCACAAAGAGUCGGGACCGCAAGUCAUCUAGUAAGGAGAAGAAAGACAUCCUGUCAUUCGACCAGAUCAAGGAGCAGAGAGAAAGGGAAAGGCAGAGACAACGGGAGAGGGAAAUCAGAGAGGUGGAAAGACGGAGAUACACUGACCGCGAUCGUGAACGUGACAACCGCCCAGACCGUGAGCGUGAGCGAAUCCGUCUGUUUAGAGAGAGAGAGGAGAGGAAACACUUGAUGAGGAAAAGACACUGGCUGGAGGCUGAGAAGCAGCGCCUCGAUGCAGACCGUAUGGAGCGUCAGUUCCUGGAGCGUGAAAGGCUACGUAUAGAGUACGAGAGGCGGCGCGAGCAGGAGAGGAUCCUUCGGGAGCGCGAGGAGCUGAGACGGCAGCAGGAGCAGCUGCGUUAUGAACAGGAGCGACGGCCCAUCAAGAGGCCUUAUGACAUGGAUGGCAGGAAAGAUGAUUGGCCUGAGAAGCGCAUGGCCAUGGACGACCGGUACGGCCGCACAGACUUCGGCCGGCAGGAGCGUUAUCAGGACUUUGACCACAGAGACCGGGGUCGUUACCAAGAUGACAUGAUGAUGGACAGGCGGGACAACGCUCGUGGCAUGGGUGCAGACAGAGAUGGUCAGCACUUCUCAGACAGGUCAGACAGACAUGGCAGAGACUGGGGUGGAGGUUACGACAAGCGCAUGAACCCGAGGGAAGGAGGUCGAGACUGGGAGUCUGGACGGAAGAUGGAAGGAGACAGAGCAUGGCAAAGUAGAGAUGGUGCUAUCCCAGGCCAGAGCCAUAUGGCACGUGGAGGAAUGGCAGGCCGUGGUGGCUACAUGAACACAGGAACAUCUCAGUCCCUCUCCGGAGCUCUCAACAGACAGAACCAGCUAAUGCAGGGUGGCGGGCUUCAGGGUGGAGCUUUUGGUCGACGCUACUGAUGUCUGUCUGACAACACUGUUUCAAGGGGUCAUAUCAAGAGGGGCGGGUGGAUGUGGCCAUCUUGUUUUUGUACAUUUUUUAAAAUCAGAAAUGUUUCUUUUUUGACACAGUUCCAAUCCAUUGUUGAUGGAAACCUUUAUUUCUCAUUUUCCUUUUACGAUGUAGUGAUCUCCUGCCUUCUAUUUAUCAGUCAGUCCAACCUGUUUUGUUUGUUUAACAUGACAGUCUUGCAAGAAUGUGCUGUGUGCACGGGUUGGCCUGUCACACCAGAGCUCUGUUGUAAAUUCAGAUGUUUUAUAAACAUCUGGCCUGAUGGACCUCACAUGUCUCCUCUCUGUUUUUCUGUUUUCACAGUCAUUAUAUGAGCCUUUGUUGUGAUUAACUCAUUCAGAGCUUGAGGCUCCUUUUUGACAUUGUUCUUUUUAAAACAGAUGGGUGGUAAAAAUUUUCCUGCUGAAGAAAAGGUUUUUAAAUUAAAUGUCACGUUCUGAUUAUCCAAACUUGUUAGACUUUUUUUAUAUUUCAAUCUUUUUUUGUACAUAGAUUUGAUUUGUGUGAUUGUUGGAUAGUGGUAGUAAAUGCCUUUGGAGUGCGUAUGUGUGCACAGAUCUGUGAUAAAAUCUAAAAUUUAAUGUAUAAAGUUUUCUGUAACUCAAAUGUGUUAUUAGUUUUUUUGCAUAAAAUUUUGUUUUUUUGACCUUCUGUUGACAGUGUUGUUUGGUUUAUUUUAAUGCCAUGCUUGGCUCAGUGGUCUGCUGGAGCACAGAUGUAAAAUUCACCAGGUGAAUUUGCCUACAACAAUAAAAGAUUUUUCAUCUUUUUGCAGCGUGAAACAAA